AUGCCGAGCAGUGCAAAAAAGUCGGACUCCGCAAGGAGCACUAGCUCGACGCCGCGAAGACCGCGAAAGCGCAAACGAGUGGAACGCCAGAGCCUGGACUCGCAGGUCGAUGAGGAUGCCAAGGAGAUCGAUCGCCGGCUACGGAAAGUCGCCAAGAAGAACUCCAUCAGCGCCGAGGACAUGCAAAAGGUGGUCCGGAAGGUGGUGCGCAACGAUCAUGUCUUGGCAUUAGUCACUUUGAAGGCGGAGGACGAGCUGGCGCGAGAGAAGUUGGAGUCGGCGGAGCAGCAAAAGCGGGGUGCCAUUAUCAUAACGGACACUCCAUCUGUGCCCAAGCUUACGCGAGCCAAAGCACGGGAACUGAACUGCACGCCUGGGAUCUCGCUGCCCCAUCUCAAUGAAACUUCCACCGACAAUAAUGGCAUAGAGGCUCUAAUACGUGAGGAUUUGCACUCUGAUGAGGAGGACGAGGAGUAUACGUUCAAGGAGGAGGACUUUCAUUCCGAUGAUGAUCCUAACACUACAGCAUCGGAUUUUGACUCCAAUCCUUGCACGCCUCAAACUCCUCUUACUGCCAAUGAGGAAUCUCCAGUAAAGUUCUCUGAUGACGGUUGUUUCAAGGUGCCGUUUGAGAAAAAUUUGCAGGAUAGAGAGGAUCUUAGGAUUGCAACCAGAACGCGCUCCAAAUUUUGUUUGCAGCAAACUACCAUUGAGGAUUUGCAAUCGGAAUUCGUUCCGCCGGACGUGGAGCCUAGCGAUGUGGUGGAGAACGAAAUGACCGCCAACGAUGCGGAUUGGAUGCAGUUCCUCAAUGACUUUACAAAGCCAUUAAACAAUACAAUCCAGGGCGACGAUGAUGAUCCUAUUAACGAUCCAGAAUAUGUGGCCGCUGAUCACUUGGAAUCGGAAUAUGAGAACGCCGAGGAACUGCGCGAUGUGAAUAUCUCCAAAAAAGAGUUAACUGACCUGGUCUCUGAGCUGUUUGCUGGUUUGCUGGAAGAGGGAGUCUCUCUGGAAUCGAUUGAAUUGGAAACACCUCAAAAAUUCGUUGAAAGUGCCAACGUUUCGGUGCUUCCAAUUGAUCAAGUAUCCCGUAACAUUGAUUUCGAUGGGCAGCAUAUAAAUGCUAAUCAGCAGGAUCUACCUGUUUUUCAACCUAAUCUAAUGCCGCCUACUUGCGAAGGAAUCAAUAUGGGUGUGCCUGUCCCCGUGGCUGUGCUGCAGGAGGAAACUCGUGGAUCCGCUUGCAAUGUGGUAAACAUACCUUCUGAGGCCCUGACUGCUCCCCCAGAACUAAUAGCGGUUCCAAUACCUGGACAACCAAAUUGCUUCCAAAUCGCCAAAGUUGUUGCCAAUGAUUCAACUGUUGGUCUUCCAUUGACUGAAGAGUCCCUGCAGAAUUUUUCUAGCUUGCAUCCAAUGCAACCCCCCGUUGUAGAUGCAAGCAAUGCAGAUCGUUAUAAAAAACCAUUUGAUACGAACUUCACCUGGGAAUACAUCUCGGUUAGGAAACAUAUAUACUCGGAGUAUGAGGAAAAGUUUGAGAGCCUGCAAAGCGUAGAGCCAGUGAACUUCAAUCAUCUCGCCAAGAGCAGGGGAUUUACCCAGUCUCAACAUGAUAUGCUUCAGCAGCAGCUUCGCAUUCACACGCAGUUGCUCAGUCAAAGCUAUCUGCAAACCUACUCCCAUCCUACGUUGUACCCCAUGGCCAAGAAGCCCAAGGAAAUGCUGGAAGAAUUGCACAAAAUGGCAACUAAAGAUCCCAGUUUUAAUUGCUGGAAUCUGCAGGAGGCUGUUCAGCUGGUUAGAAAGUGGGAACAUGAUCUGUGCAGUGAUGAGUUUAAGGAGGAGAACGAGAAGAUGAUGGACUUCAUCAACAAGGAAACGGAUCUGACUGAUGGCCACACGCGUCAAGUUCCCAGGCUGGCGCCUCGUAUUAUGGAUCUCAUGCUGGAUAGCCGGGUGUUUAUGUAUCCUCAGUACCUACCCCGGAUGGCGUUUCAACCGAAACUGACUAAAACCACCGCUUACGCACCCUCCGAAUAUCAGCUUAUUGCCAUUGGCCUGGAAAAGCACUUGGCAUUAAUGGUAAAAGCCAAAAGACAACUACGCAAAGGUGCAGAUCCCAUUCGCGUUGCCAGUAAGCGAAUGAUUAAGGAUACGAUUUGUGGAAAGAGUGCCCGCCGAAUUUUCUUGAAAAUCACUGAGCUACGCAACUCAAAACAGUACAAUCCAGUGAAGUAUUUCUUUGAACGUCGUCGAGCUCCGCCCGCUAACGCCAUCCUUUGGGGAUUCUCGGAUGGGCUGGUGAAAACUCCGCGGGAACGACACAUGGAGCUUCCCAGUGGCUGGCAAUACUACAUUGAGAAAACUUGGGAUCAAAAGCGCACACGUCGCAAUUUCAAAGCAUCGAAAGCAUCGUCGGUGGCCAGUGCUUCAUAUUUGGAGUUUGUACGCGAGGCGGUCGGGGAGGACCUGCUGCUGCCAGAGACUUUUGGUCAGGCUGCGGUCCCCAAUGGCAGUGCUGCUGGUUCGGAACCGCCCAAGGAGAGCAAACCGAAGAAAAGGCCAGCGCAGAGGUCUCGCCCAGCGGAAAAACCUCCACAGCUCACCAUCAAUGUGAAUUAUGUUUUUGGCGGGAAUACGAGCGCAGGAAACAUACCCGGAGUCUCGGGGGUUUCGGUGCCCUUGGUGGCCGGCGGAAAUCUGGCCGAGAACGUACUGAACAUCAAUCGCAGCUUAUACACCGCCGCCGAGUGCAGUAGUCUACUGGCCUUGCCGCCUGCUCCUCCACCAUUGGAUGAAAAUGCUCCGCCAGCCAUCAACUUUACAGUAGACGAGUUCACUCACACUCUGAAAAUCUGCGAAUUGGAGGAAUCCAGCGAGGCCGUACAGCCGGAUCUGUUGCCUGUGCAGGAUACCCCUUCCGUCGCAGGCAGAAACGCCAAAAGGGCGCGAUACCAAAUCUUUAAGCCAAAGGUUCAAUCCGCACAUAAAUCGCGAAAGGGGUCAACGCCAACCCGCAGUCGAUACCAUAUAUUGCGCGAACGUUUGCGCCAUAAACUAAGCCAGCGCUGUCAUUCCCUAAUCACCACCUAUGAAUCCUACCUGCGUCAUCGCAGCGAAAAAUAUAAAGACUGCGAGUUGGUACAGGUCGUGCACAAUCGUUUUUUCGCCCUCGAACUGUACACUCAACUUCUGGUCGAUCUGAGGAUGUUCUGCAGCAAUACUAAUCCUAAAACGGCAGCGCAGCCAAAGAGAUCCAGGAGUGAUGAUGAGGCUGCAAAGCUGAGAAAAGCCAAUCGCCAGGAGGAGAUGCUUCGCCACAUGCUCCAGCCGGACUCUACAGAAGAGAGCAAUCGCAAAGAUGCCAUUUUUGCUAUGAAUUUUUAUGAAAAGGUAGAGGAGGCCUUACUGAGUGCCAAUCGUCUAGAUGAUUGCAAAAAAUUCAACAGUAUUUUGCAAAACUUCGACCCCAGGCAGGAGAAAGUUUCAUCUUUGUAUCUGAAAGUGGAAGAAAUUUUGCUACCAAAUCAUCCCGAACUGGCUGAAGUGUUCCUCAACUUUUUGCUACCUGCCGAGGCCGCUGAGAUGGGAAAAUUCUUUGAGCAUUUUAUGAUAUGCAAUGCUACCAACUUUAUCAACAAACUUAACAUUUACUUCAGUAAGCAGCCAGCUCAAAUAAGAAAGAUUUAUGCCUGCCUAAACGAAUUGGCCGAAAUGCCUAAUGUCAGCAUGAAAAAAGUUGAGAACAAAAUAAUGCCCUUGCUCAAGGGCAAUCAAUUUCUGGUCGAUUGGUUUGUGCAACAAUUCCCCCAGGGAAAGCCACCAAAGAGAAUCCUUUCUCCUGUAGAGACCAUAAAUCUGCAUGACGUUCAAAACAAUACAACGGGAGAAUAUACGGAAACUAUUCAAGAGUUUACAGAUGUACCUACGCCAAGUAAACCUGGUUGUCACUUAAAGUAUAUCAAUGGUCGCAUAUUUUAUGGUGCCAAAAUCCAAUUGCCAGCCAAACUGUCUUUUAUGGCUGCCAGUAUUUACAAUGAACAAUCUUAUGACGCGCCACCCGUCUCCAGUGACUCGCUAAACUGCGCCCAUGGUAUUCGAGCGCAGGGAGAAAAACUUCUUAGUAUGGCUGCCAAUACAGAUAGCGACGAUGGCGCGGAUCGGAGUGAGGAAGAUGAUGCCAGCCGCGCUUUGAUUAUUGAUACCACGGGUGAUGAGCAGAACAGCUGCUCAUCUAUCGAGAUGUGCGAUGAGGCAGGCUUAAGAGCGCAUGCAAUCAGAUUGAACCCCGGCUUGUACAGCAACUCAAGCUUUACCAAUGCAUCGACCAGUACGCCCAAUGUGGGCAACUCUCACCAAUCCCAUCAUCCGCACGCCAAAAAAACAGCCAUAAACUUUGGUGAACUAUCCCCACGCAAGCAAUCAGCAUUUAACAAUUCGGGAUUGAGUCCCUUAUCGGCGGCCACCAACAGUUCUCCUCAAGUCGACAAACGAAAGUCACCUACUAAGAAGAUCCGAUCUCCUCUUAAUCAAACUCAGAGCAGACAACGUGCCAAUAAUCAGCCAAUGGUCGUUAUCCAUGAGUCUCAGCCUUCAUCUUCGCCAGCCAUUGAGUGUGCAAAGCGCUUGCGCACACUGAUCGAUCAGGAGAGCGUGCGGGAUGCAGCAGAUACAAAGGCGGGCAUUCGAAUUAUUGCGCAAGCCAAGCAUCAACCUCCAAACCAAUGCAGCUCUGAAGAUAUUACGAAAAUCGAGGUCGACAGCCUGGAUGAAAGUACCGAGAAUAUGCCUUUCUCUACAGAUCUCAGAAUGGACAUAGAUCAAUCGGAGGAGGAGCUGGAGCCACUGCAAUUAAGUGCUGGCAACACACCACAGCACGUGAUCACAACACAAUUCGAUAGCGAUGAGGACUGCAAGCUGGAUGUUGUGGCCACGCUGGCGAACUGUACCACCACAGAAGGUAGAUCGGAAUCAACAUCGGCAUUAACUGCCAGCACAUUGCACCCUGAUAGUUCUGGUAGUUCCCACUCGGCACCUUGGACUCGUGAAGAGGACAAAGUAAUCCUGAUCGAAAUGAAAAUAGGGGCACGGGAUCGAGAGCAGCUCAUUCGGCGUAUGCGCGCCAAGCUAAAGAAUCGCAGUAUAGAAGAACUACGUAGUAGGCAUCAGUUUCUUAUGGACUUUCUGUCCAAAUUGCAGGGAAAGUGAGGUUUCUAUAAGAUGUUCUUUUUUGUAUUAUAAUCCAAUCUGAAAUAGGAUACUAAUAAUAACUGUAUAUAAACGAAAUGGUUUAUCCCAUUAGCUAUAAACAAUAGUUUUUGAAGGCAAUUCUUUGUUGUACUGAUUACCUAUUUAAGCAUACAAAAAUUCCCUUCAGAAUACUUAGUUUUAUUAUUAAACAUUUGAAUAUUUUGAAAUCUACUUUACGUUGAAAUUGACUAUUAAUAGAUAUAUUGAAACUAUGAAUUUAAUAUUUUGGUGUCCAGCUAGAUGAUAAGAAGGACGCAUUGUUUGAAUUUUAUUAUUCUAUUCUAUAGUUUUGGUUAACGAGCACAUUGUUUU